AUACAAGACUUGUCUAAAGGUAUAAUUAUGAAUUGGCUCACCAAUCUUCCCCCUUGAGUCAACCUGCACAGUACACUUAAGUGAAUCUAUAAUAUCAUUAUGCAUGUGUAAUUGCAGAAGUUGAGUGUUGUAUCUUUGAUAGCCUAGACUCUAGAUCACUGCUUAUAUAUAUAUACUCUGCACUAUGACUAUAGGGACAGGGGUUCACCUAGCAUCUGAAUACAACUCCAAUGUGCACAAAACACUGACUUAAUAACAAAACGAGACAGACAGGAAACCAAUACAGAGACUAAAACCCACAAAUAUGUAGAUACCACUAAAAUUUAAUACUAGCUAGUCAGAGUUACCACAUAGUGAGAGUGUUGUUACUAAAGCUGUGUGGCUGCUACUGCAAGCCUUGUGUAAGUAGUGAGGUAACUGGCUACAGAGACAUUCAUUGGAAGCAAGUAGAUCUAACUGCCUGAAAUGAGUGACAACCUUGCUAAACAACUCUACCAGGCUAGUUGGAAUGGGCGUGACGAAGAAAUGCUUGAGCUGCUACAGAGAGGAGCUGCACCUAACAGUGACUACUACACUAAAGAGCGUGAUGGGCUCACUCCACUGCACAUAGCAUGUACUUACAACCAUAUCGGUAAUGCUGAACUACUUAUCAAGUUUGGAGCCAUUGUAGCUGCUACAGAUAACAAUGGUUGGACCCCCUUACAAAAGGUAUGUCUCCACAAUAGGAAGGCCACUGCUAAGCUAUUACUGGAGCACCACUCUCCCACAGAUAUCUGGUACAGUAAUGGCCGACGGACUGCUGCUGAUAUGGCCAAAGAGUGUGGGCACUGUGCCCUAGCUGACUAUGUGAAGCGGUUCCAGCCUGGACCUAGAGAUCCUCUGUCCUCAUACCCAACACUGGAACAGCUGAGUCGGCUGGAAUGUGACCAAUGGCUUCGACUUGGUGUUCGCUUGGGAUUGGGUAAUGACCAACUGGAAACCAUAAAGAAAAGCCAACAUCCCACAGCAACAACUCUCCAGGCAGCCAAACUCAAAAAUAUUGACAUGCAGUGGAAGGAUAUUGUGGAAUCUCUAGUGAGCAUUGGAGAGUACAAGUUGGCAGAGAGUGUGUGCACUCAGCAAGGGCUAGGGGAAGGUGAGAGUGCAAUAUAUGGCUGUGUGAGGCGUCUUGUGGAAACUAUGGGUCUAAAUCCUAAAGAGCCAGUCAACAAAUCUGGCGACACCCCAUUCUCUCUGGCCUGUGCCAAUGGCCACUUAGACACAGUCAAGUACCUUGUAAACAAGCAUCAUUGUGAUCCUAGAAGUACAGUCAACAAGACUGGUGACACCCCACUCUCACUAGCCUGUGUCAAUGGCCACUUGGAAAUGAUUAAGUACUUCAUCAUCAUCCAUGGCUGUAUUAUAAAUGAUUACCUCCUGCUAGCCGCUGUCAAAGGGAAUCGAAAUCAAAGAGCUGUGGAAUAUUUUUUGGCAGAAUGUCACUGUGAUCCGAAUGUUACUGACAAAGAAGGCAAGACACCACUCGAUUUGGCCAACGACCCUGAGAACAUAAAGCUGCUCUUGAAACAUGGAGCCAAGGCUACCAACGUCUACAAAAAACACAGCAAACUCAUCGGAAAGCUCUCCUCCGAGCGACUCCCACACCUUCCUCUAUCUGUGUUCAUCACUGGCGACGGUGGCGUGGGGAAAAGCACUCUGUUGAAAUCCAUUCUGAACUCAAAAGGUUUUUGGUCUAUUUUCCAGAAAGCAACACCUGUAGAUGACGUCGAUGCGAGGACAGUGGGGAUCAUACCUUAUGAAAUAUACACCAAAGAGUUUGGGAGAAUUAUCUACUUCGAUUUUGCUGGCCAGAAAGAAUUUUACACAAGCCACUGUGCCAUUCUGGAGAAUGCUGUUAAAACCUCACCACCCAUCAUUAUCCUCUGUGCCAAACUUGUAGAAAGUGAACAGGCGAUUAUUGAUACCAUGAAUCGCUGGUUAACCCUCAUCCAAAACCAGUGCACCAAUCUGAAAGACAAAGCACACGUGAUAGUAGUUGGUAGCCAUGCCGACCAGAUGAAGGAAAUGGGAGAAGAUCCACGAGCCAAAGAGGGCAUCUUUUCCCCCAUUAUCAAGCAAUUCCCAAAGUUUGAGUUUACAGGGUUCAUUCCAAUGGAUUGCCGCUUUGCUGAUUCGGAUGACAUGAAUAUCAUGAGAAAACAGAUCCAGAAGAGUUCAGCUAUUCUCCACUCUCCAGAAACCAUCAGCCUGAAUGCUCACACCUUUUACAUAUACCUUGCCGAAAACUUUAAAGACAAACUUGCAGUUUCAUUGAAGGUUGUUCAACAACGAAUACUCAGUGAUCUAGACCAAACACACGACUCAGAGAUAAUGGCAGACAUUCUUUCCUUCAUUCCGACCACCCUCAAUCGUUUAGUUGAUAUCUGUGACCAGCUUAGCAAAACAGGUCUGCUGCUGUUUCUUUACAACGAAUCAUCACCUAAAAAGUCUUUUCUGAUUUGUGAUUCCAAGAAAUUGCUGUCUGAUGUCACUGGGACAGUAUUUGCUCCUAAGCACUUUCGCCAGCACUGCAAACUCGCCUCAAGCACUGGAGUGGUGCCUUUGUCUAAGUAUGCUGAAGCAUUUAAGGGCUACGACAUUGAAAUGCUAAUUGCUUUUAUGACACAUUUAGAGCUGUGCUUUGAGAUCAAAGACAAGCAAGUUCUAGAGUGCAUUCACAAGAUGGAGCCAGACCUAGACGAUACUCGCUACCUCUUUUUUCCUGGGUUAAUCAGGAUAGAAACUCCCGAGCGUGUGUGGGAGGAAGACCCUUCUAUGAGCUACCACUUUGGCUGGAUAAUCGAAUGUGCACAAGACAUCCAAUUCUUUGAUCCAAGGAGUUUUCAAAUUCUUAUCCUAAGGCUAGUUUUCACUUUUUGCCUUACUCCUUCCGAGAAGAUCAACACAAAAAACCCUGCCCUUCAAAAAUUCUGCUCCGUGUGGAAGAGUGGGAUUUGUUGGUGCAACGAUGAUAGCAUCACUGCAUACCUUGAGCUUAGCAACAACAAAUGUAUCACUCUUAAAAUGCGAUCUGAAGUUCUUAAACCCGAGAGCCUUACCCAUCGCUACAAGAUAGUCAAUAAAGUUCUCGAAACAGUGAAAGAUGUUUGUCCCAGUAUUGUAGUGGUGGAAUCAUUGAUCAAUCCACAGGAAGUUGUCAGUCAUCCUCUGAAACCUUCCUCAGAGCUCACUCUGUUUAGUGUUAGAGAUCUUGCUGCAGCUGUCAUCUCUCAAAAAGAAGCUGUGAAAUCUGUUCAUCGAGCUCUUUCACUGAAACGCCUUCUCCAGUUUGAUCCGUACGCUGGUUUGGACCUCAACACUCUACAGUGUAUUCACAGUGACAAGACUGUUAUGAAAAAUGAUAAAAUUUGGAACAUCUUCAUUUCUCAUCUCGCCAGUCAAAUUUUUGAUCCAAACAGUAUUCUGAUGUUCAGACAAAUCCUGAGCCAAUCUCGAGCUUGUAACGACAACUUUCAGUUGGUCAGUCCCAGACAGGAGGUGGUCCAGACCCUUGAGACGUGGAGGAGUGAGACUGAGGGAACGUACAGCUGUCUGAAGGAGACUCUCAACAAGUACAGCGUCUUCACUGGGAGAAACCCUCUGGACCUAGCCGGUGUGGCUCAUGGUGAUAUUGACCCCUCUGUGUUUAAUAUCAGUAGUGAUGAGCAAAAGGAUCCAGGGACUACCAUCCUCCAUGAGUUCAUGGUCAAGCAUGGAGUCACUGACGAGCAGUUGGAUCGAGAGAUUGAACAAGACGACCUUGCUCCAGUAGCUAUGCAUUUUGAUGAUGUGGAGCUCUACCUUAACCCACUGAAGUUGACUGACAAUGAACAAUCUGAUGUGAGGCGAGAGACUUAUUUAAGUAGAAGCAAUCAAGUGGCAGUGAUCAAUUGUUUGUUGAUCUGGAGGGGUCACGAACCCAGCGAAGCAACCUUCGGAGCACUGAUUAGGAUAUUAUUGGAUCUGGGGAAGGAAGAGAUGGCUACCAAAAUAUGCCAGUACUUAAAACAAAAAGUAAUUAGUAUCGAUCCACUGUACAGUGACUGGCCAACAUCAUUAUUAUGCUAGUAUUGACAUACAAGCUUGUGUAUAGACUAGAUUGCAUAAUUAUGCUAGUUCAUAAUAAAACGGGAAUUCAUGUAUAGUACUUUCUUUACAUGCAGACCCGGUGAUCUACGAGUGACUGACUGUAUAUAGCUAUGUGUAGGACUUUUGCACUGAAUUGAACGCAAUAGACAUAAUUAUAUGCAUUAAUUGUUGUUGUUAUAAUUAUUGUGUGUGUGCUUUUUAUAUACAUUGCUCCAAUUGUGAGAUCUGUUUAAUUAUAACUCUUGUUGCAAUAUUUAUACCCUAUACCUUAGCUGAUAUGAGUGCUACACUCUGGUCUAUCACCAUUUCAGUAUAUCACAAACACAAACGAUCUACAAUGUCAUGAACAUAUGCAAAUUUUUGAGUAGUUUUUUGCUGUUAUCUUCACUUUGUACAUGCAUGCUGCACUUUUUGGCUAUA